CUGAUCUUAUUCUAAUACGAAUGCAUAUAGGUUGCAUCGCUCCUCCUUUCGUUCUCGCCUGUGCUUUCGUUUUGUUUAAUGUUCGGAAUCGAUGCGGUUGGAUGAGAAGUUUGUGGGGCCAAAGUAGAGAGAGAAAGAGAGUGUGUGGGUAUGAGGUGAAAGAAAUGGAGGCUUCUUGCAGACCUACCUGUUCUCGAUGUUUAGAAUUUCGUGCUUCCUUUUGAGCGCUUCAAGAACAUCCAUGUCCCUGGUUCCUUGCAGGCUUCAGGUCAUCUUCCCAUUUGUCAGAUGACAAAACUCAGAAGUUAUGAUCCAAGCAUGACGGAUUCUUGAACAUCACAAGGCUCUGGAGAGAUGGGAUGUGCUGCUUCCAGGUUAGAAGAUGAGGAGGCUGUCAAGAUGUGCCGGGACAGAAGGGACUUCAUCAAGCAGGCACUGGAGCAGCGCAACCGCUUUGCGUCGUCUCACAUUGCCUACAUUGAGUCCUUGAAGCAUGUUUCGAUGGCUCUCCAGCGGUUUGUUGCUGGAGAUGAUCACCAUGAGCUCAUAUUCGAUCCAUUCAUCUCCCCUGUCAAGCAACAGAAGCCAGAGAUGCUUGGCCUUCCUUAUGGCUCAUAUGAGAAGAGGACUGUUCAUGUUGCAAAGUACUUGAGGUCAGGACCAAACCCAUCAGUGUCAGUUGAGGAGCGCCCACGACCGGUGGAAACAGUCCGUGUCGAGUCACAUUACCCCAUGGACAACUACAGCGGCAUGGAUGGUCGGACGCAUUCCUCGCCGAUGAGGUCGUCUUCUUACUACCAACCACCUUAUAGCAGGCCAAGCUAUCCACCUCCAUCAGCCCAGGAACCAGUGAGGAACUCUUCCUAUCACAUGCCUUAUGACAGGCCAAGCUAUGAACCUCCAUCACCCCAGGAGGAGCCAGUGAGGACAUCUUAUUACACGUCGUAUGACAGGCCAAGCUACCCACCUCCAUCACCCCAGGACCAGGAAUCAUCACCAUGGGACUUCUUCUGGAACCCAUUCUUGUCGCUGGACAGCUAUGCAUAUCCGCGCCCUCGGAGUAGCUAUGACAACGUUGUCACUGAUGAUGAAUUGGCACGGUUGCAACGAGUAAGAGAGGAGGAAGGAAUCCCAGAACUCGAAGAGGAAGACGACGAGUGUCAAGAACAUGUACAAAUGCACAACAAAGAGGAAACUGAAGAACAUGAUGGUGAGGAUGAAGAUGAAGAUGAGGGUGAGGAUGAGGAAUGUGAGCAUUCAGAUGAGAGAUGUAUGGCUUCUAAUGAGGGUGCCUGCCCUGUGAAUUUUGAGGUCAAUGCCAAACAAGAAACAAAAGGAUUUGAAUCCAAAGGUGUUCAGUGUGCUGAAGCACCAGAAACUCGUAAAACUGUAGAACUUGAAAUCAAGGCACAUAAGAAAGAACUGAUGAGGAACAAAGUUGCACAUGCAGAAGAAACUCCUGGUUUCACAGUAUAUCUGAACCGAAGGCCAGCGAGUCUAGUCGAGGCCAUGAAGGAUAUCGAUAGUCAGUUCUUGGGGAUAUGCGAUGCUGCUCGGGAAGUCUCAGUGAUGUUGGAGGCAAGUAGAGCUCAAUACUCAACCCCAAAUGAUCUUUCCGUAAAGAUGCUAAACCCAGUUGCACUUUUGCGCUCGGCAUCAUCCCGGUCAUCAUCUUCCCGAUUCCUUCUUGCUCCCUCUAGCUCAAUAGAGGAUCUCUAUGACAAUGACACAGGCAGCUGUUACUCUGAAGAAUCUUGUAGUUCGAUGUCUGGAAGUCAUCACUCUACCUUAGAUAGACUGUAUACAUGGGAGAAGAAGUUAUUCAAGGAAGUAAAGGCGGGUGAGCGGUUAAGAAUCGAGUAUGAGAAGAGAUUGACACAUUUGAGGAACCAGGAUGUGAAAGGUGAGGAACCCUCCUCUGUUGAUAAGACUCGUGCGGCAUUGAGAAGCCUGCAUACUCGGUUGAAGGUGUCAAUACACACAGUUCAGUCAAUAUCAAGGAGGAUCGAAAUUCUAAGAGAUGAGGAGCUGCACCCUCAGCUUAUGGAGUUGAUCCACGGGCUUUCGCGAAUGUGGCGCGCCAUGGCUGAACGUCACAAGGCUCAGAAGCGCACCAUCGAAGAUGCCAAGCUUCUCUUCCACCAACACCAUCCUUCGGCCGCCACCGCCAUCUCCCUUGGCCCCAUGGAGGCAACGACACCCCCACCAGCCGCCGUCGCGCUCGAGUACGAGAUCCGGGCCUGGCGGGGAGCCCUGGAGACCUGGCUAUCGGCGCAGCGCGCCUACACGCGCGCACUAGCCGCGUGGGCGUGCAGGUGCCUCGGCAUCGGAGGCGGGGCGCACCCCGCCCACGCCGCUGCACUGCCGCCGGCGUUCCUGGUGUGCAUGGAGUGGGCGCGCGCGGUGGACGCGGCGUCCGAGGCGCGCGUGAUGGACGGGCUGGACUUCUUCGUGGCCGGCGUCGGAUCGGUGUGCUCGGGCGCAGCCACCGGCAUGGAGUGCAUGGCGGGGCGCGUGCUCUGCGCCGGCAUGGCCGCGGUUACCGGCGCCAUGGCCGAGUUCGCCGCGGCAUUGGCGGACAGCUACGACGCGGCAGUCGCAUCCUUGAUAACCGCCGCGCGCGCCGGAGCGUGGAAGGAGGAGAACCUGGGACAACCACAACGUUAGAAACUCCUCAAGCUGUUUCUCCCAUGUAUCCACAGUGAAUGACAUGUGGACCCCAAAUACAUAGAGUGACUAAAAAAUUCCUCAGCUUGUGGCAUAUCAUAUUCAUAUAUGAUGAAUACAUGAUGUGAUUAAGUUUGCCAUUA